CUUGGAAAUCCUUGUAUUUCCACAUAAUCGCGAUGUGAUUUAUGAAAAGUGCUUCAUGUUGCCAAUAUCAUAAAUUCCAAUAUUUCCGACAACAUGUGAAUGCAUCAUUACCCCACCUCCCACCCGCGCGCUGGAGGUGAUUAGGGGACGCUGGACAAGCCCAGAGACGCCGCUCCAGCCACUCCCUACGCCCGGCGGACCCUGCUCUCUCAAGUCCAUCCAGAGCUCCAUUCAAAGUGCUGAGAUCCAGAUGAGAGCCACGUUCAGCCUCAUCCAGCAACGCAGACACGAGUUGAACUGAAGGCAGCGGGGAAGGGCUUCAGGAGCCGCUCCACACUUUGGGGAAUCACCUCUGGGAUCCUACUUUUGUCCGUAGAGUGGAUUUAGGACGAGCAACUCUUGCAGAGAUAACGAGGGGGGGACACCUGCAGCCAAAAUGGAGGUGAAGACGUCACUUCUAGAUAACAUGAUUGGGGUUGGUGACAUGGUCCUCCUAGAACCCCUGUCUGAAGACUCAUUCAUCGAGAACCUGAGGAACCGCUUUGACCACAAUGAGAUCUACACAUACAUUGGCAGUGUGGUGAUCUCCAUGAACCCCUACAGGUCUCUGCCCAUCUACACGCCAGACAAAGUGGAGGAGUAUCGCAACAGGAACUUCUAUGAACUUAGUCCACACAUCUAUGCUCUGGCAGAUGAGGCGUACCGUUCACUGAGAGACCAGGACAAAGACCAGUGCAUCCUCAUCACAGGGGAGAGUGGGGCUGGGAAAACCGAGGCCAGUAAGCUGGUGAUGUCAUAUGUGGCAGCGGUGUGUGGGAAGGGCCAGGAGGUGAAUAAGGUCAAGGAACAGCUGCUGCAGUCCAAUCCCGUGCUGGAGGCCUUUGGAAAUGCCAAAACAGUGAGGAAUGACAACUCUUCCAGAUUUGGAAAGUAUAUGGACAUUGAGUUUGACUUCAAAGGAGAUCCUCUGGGUGGAGUCAUCAGCAACUAUCUGUUGGAGAAGUCCCGUGUGGUGAAACAGCCAAGGGGAGAGAGGAACUUCCACGUCUUUUAUCAGCUCUUGUCCGGAGCCUCUGACGACACACUCAAGAAGCUGAAGCUGGAUCGUGACUUCAGCAAGUACAACUACCUGAGCCUGGACUCUGCUGUGGUCAAUGGGCUGGAUGAUGCAACCAACUUCAGGACAGUCAGAAAUGCCAUGCAGAUCGUGGGCUUCAUGGAGGACGAGGUGCAGGCGGUGCUGGAGCUGGUGGCAGCCGUGCUGAAGCUUGGCAACAUUGAGUUCAAGCCAGAAUCUCGCUGUAAUGGCACCGACGAGAGCCGCAUCAAAGACAAAAAUGAUUUGAAGGAGAUGUGUGAGCUGCUGGGGACCGAACAGUCAGUGCUGGAGAGAGCGUUCAGCUACCGCACAGUGGAGGCAAAGAUGGAGAAAGUGUCCACUACCCUAAAUGUGGCCCAGGCCUAUUAUGCCCGAGAUGCCCUUGCCAAAAAUCUCUACAGUCGUCUGUUUAGCUGGCUAGUUACUAGGAUCAACGAAAGCAUUAAAGCACAAACUAAAGCUCGCCACAAGGUCAUGGGUGUGCUCGACAUUUAUGGCUUUGAGAUAUUUGAGGACAACAGCUUUGAGCAGUUUAUCAUCAACUACUGCAACGAGAAGUUGCAGCAGAUCUUCAUCGAGCUGACUCUGCGUGAAGAGCAGGAGGAGUACGUGAGAGAGGGCAUCGAGUGGACCAACAUCGAAUAUUUCAACAACGCUAUCAUCUGCGACCUCAUUGAGAAUCACCAGAAUGGCAUCUUGGCCAUGUUGGACGAGGAGUGCCUGAGGCCGGGGACAGUCACCGAUGAGACCUUCCUGGACAAAUUAAACACCAUUUGUGCUGAUCACCAGCACUUUGAGAGUCGCCUCAGCAAGAAUUCAAAGUUCCUCACUGACCACAGCCUGCCACACAAUUGCUUCCGUAUCCAGCACUAUGCUGGCAAGGUGCUGUACCGUUCUGAGGGCUUUGUAGACAAGAACAAUGACCUGUUAUACAGGGACCUGUCACAGGCCAUGUACAAGGCCAACCACAGCCUCAUCAAACAGCUUUUCCCUGAGGGCAACCCCGCCAAAGUCAACCUGAAGAGACCGCCGACUGCUGGAUUCCAGUUCAAAGCAUCAGUGGGGACGCUGAUGAAGAACCUGCAGACCAAGAACCCAAACUACAUCCGGUGCAUCAAGCCUAAUGACAAGAAAGCAGCUCACAUCUUCACCGAGUCUCUGGUCUGCCAUCAAGUGCGCUACCUGGGCCUGAUGGAGAAUGUCCGUGUGAGAAGAGCGGGCUACGCUUUCCGCCAGGCCUACGAGCCAUGCCUGGAACGUUACAAAAUGCUCUGCAAACGAACCUGGCCCCAUUGGAGAGGGCCUGCCAGGGAAGGAGUGGAGGUGCUGAUGGAUGACCUCCAAGUCCCGCCCGAGGAGUUCUCCUAUGGCCGCUCCAAGAUCUUCAUCAGGAACCCAAGAACGCUCUUCUUCUUAGAGGAGAGGAGGAGGCAAUGCCUGCAAGACCUGGCCACGCUCAUUCAGAAGAUCUACCGUGGCUGGAAAUGCCGCAGUCACUUCCUGCUGCUGAAACAGAGUCAGAUAGUGGUGGCAGCAUGGUACCGGCGAUAUGCGCAACAAAAGAAAUACCAGAAGAUCAAGAGCGCCACCACUGUGGUGCAGUCCUACACCAGAGGAUGGCAGGCCCGCAAACUCCUGAGAGAGCUGAAAUAUCAGAAGAGAUGUGAAGAGGCAGUGACCACCAUCGCAGCCUUCUGGCAUGGCACCCAGGCUCGGAUGGAGCUGAGACGUCUAAAACAAGAAGCGCGGAAUAAGCACGCUGUGACAGUAAUUUGGGCAUACUGGCAGGGAACCAAGGCCCGGAGAGAGCUGCGUCAGCUGAAGGAGGAGGCGAGGAAUAAACAUGCCGUAUCGGUCAUUUGGGCCGGCUGGCAGGGCACCAAGGCUCGCAGGGAGCUGAGGAGACUGAAGGAAGAAGCCAGGCGUAAGCAUGCUGUCGCUGUGAUUUGGGCCUACUGGCAGGGACUCAAGGCUCGGACGGAGGUGAGACAUCUAAAACAAGAAGCGCGGAAUAAACACGCUGUGGCAGUAAUUUGGGCAUACUGGCAGGGAACCAAGGCUCGGACGGAGCUGAGACGUCUAAAACACGAAGCGCGGAAUAAACGCGCUGUGACAGUAAUUUGGGCAUACUGGCAGGGAGCCAAGGUCCGCAGAGAGUACAGAAAAUUCUUCAGGGCAAACGCAGGCAAGAAGAUCUAUGACUUCACCAUCCAGAGAAUUAUGCAGAAAUACUUCUUGGGCCUGAAGAGCACCAUGCCCUCCAUGUCACCCAUAGACAAGAGCUGGCCUGCCAGGCCUUACCUGUUUCUGGAUGGAGUUCACACAGAGCUGAGGAGAAUCUUCCACCUCUGGAGGUGCAAGAAAUACAGGAGCCAAUUCACAGAGGAGAAGAAGGCAGUUUAUGAGGAGAAGCUGGAGGCCAGUGAGAUCUUCAAGGAUAAAAAGGCCCUCUACCCGAGCAGUGUGAGCCAGCCCUUCAAAGGAGACUACCUGGAGAUCAGCAAGAACCCCAAAUAUCAGAAACUCAGCAGCGCUGUGGAUGAGAAGGUUCUGCUGGCUGAUGUGGUCAACAAGAUUAACAGGGCCAACGGCAAGGGUACAGCUCGGAUCUUCCUGCUGACGAAGACAAACUUUGUCCUGGCUGACCAGAAGACCGGCCAGGUGAAGGCCAGCGUUCCUCUGCCAGACCUCACCAGCGUGUCAGUCAGCACGCAGAGCGACGGCUUCUUUGCUCUCAAACUCAAAGAGGGGUCGGCCUCAGCUGUCAAAGGAGAUUUCUUACUGAGCAGUGAACAUCUGAUAGAGAUCAUCACCAAACUCCACCGCAUCGGGGCUACGGCUGCAGACAGCAAGCAGCUCAACAUCGACAUCUCAGACGAGUUUCUGGUGCAGUUCAAGCAUGACAAAGUAUGCGUGAAGUUCGUCCAGGGAGCCCCCAAGAACGGCAACAGUGUAUCGUGCAAGCGCAAGAACAACCGCCUGCUGGAAGUGUCGGUGCCCUCAACAGCAUAGUGCAGCUCCCUCACCAGACUGGGAAGGCGCCGAUGACAUACUGAAACCACCUCCCACUCCGAACCUCUUGUCUCACCCCAGUGCCCACCCUGAGCCCAAAAAUGAUGAUUAUUUGGCUUGUUGUGUUGUUGUUUCUCCUUCAGUCUCCUCUUAUCAGAUUUACUCUGGCAUCACUAUAGCUGUAAUCAUGUGCCACUUUUUUGGCAAAGAAAGCCCUUAUCUGGGUUGCAUGCCACAGAAGUUUGGUAAAAUGUUUCACUGGUGUUUUGUAAAACUGGGGGUAAAGAGUUAGAGAUAGAUGAAAAGAAAUCUCGGUGGGACAAGAGAGACUUCAGUAUACCAGUGGUGAUAAUGAUUGUUCUGCGUGUAUGUUGAAUUAGUCCUCAGAGAAAAUGUCAUAAGAACUUUGUGACAAGCUCCAGCCUCAACUGGCCUUGACUCAUCCAUUUUUAAGCACUUCUUGGCUUUAAGCAGACAGCUUAGAAUUUGAGAUGAACUAGAAACUUUUGGGCUCGGCCUGUCGGAUUUAGUUUCUCUGAAGAACUUUUAAGUACUGCACUUGUUUUCACCUCGGUGUAACCAAAAGGGGAUGAGCUGAAUUUGAUUGUAUGUUGUUGUAUUUUCUAUAUUAUCUAUUUUCUCUGAAACAAAGAACAGUGGGCAGUUGAAAAGUCAAAUGUAAUUUGCUAGAUAAUUGUAAAACCACUUUUUGUAUCCUCCUUGUAUGUGCCAUUGAACAGGUCCCAUGACUUGUCACAUGUCGGUGUGCAAAUACAAACAUAGAAAAACCAAGUAGGUGAUGGACCCUGUUCUUGACAACAUCCUUGCCAAAAAUGUUUGAAUAGGGUUUUUUUCCAUAGGGGAAUUUCUUAUAAGUUUUGACAGCACUGUGCAUGUGAUCAGCUUCCAUUUCCUCUGUAUAAUUAAGAAUAUUUCCAAGCUUUAUUGCAUCUACAAAGAGUCAUUGUGAGCUGAAUUUAUAUCCUUAUCUAAUAGAAUGUCAUGUUAAAUCAAAGAAGACGUUUAUGAGGGACGCGAUUAAAGAUACUGACAAAGGCAGCACAGACAUCCCAGUGGAAGGUAAAGUACCCAACUACGAGACGCAAAGGUACCCACACCUUUCAUAAAGUCUUUACCAGAUUCAAGCCUUCUCUGGCUCAAAGCGAAAUCCUUUUUUUCUUUUGUGUGCAAUAAAUAAAAUGCUAUCCAACGAAACAGUAGUGAGAACCCAUAGCAGCAGUCGCCCUCACUGUACCGUAAGCUAUACAUAUAGGCUCUGUAGGCUGUGGCCCUGGCAUGGACAAAGGGUUUCUUUACUAUCUUACUUUUAAUUGCUGUGUUUGUGAAAUAGCUGUUCUUGCCACUGCAGCUUGAGUAAUCGUAGUGCUUGACCCACUCUGACCUAAUGUGUAUUUUUCAAGGGGAAAGACCAAAUAUUAAGCGCACGUGACUAUAGAUUCUUGAUGUUUCUCAAGAAAUCAAACACCUUCUGGUACACUAAUGUACAAAUUUGGUACACACAUAUUUACACGUAAGCCAAAUUUGUCAAAGAAGUGAUAAGAGUGCUAUAUUUUCAGGUAUGUGGACGACUAUAAUCUUUACGUGGAUGUACUGGUAGUGGGUUUUGUACUGGUGACUUUGAAGCCAACCAGAUGUUUGUCUGGUGACUGUGAGGGAAUAACACAGCCAGACUUGGUCUAGUCAUGUUCUGCAAUCCAGGGUUCCUGGGUUUGUACGUUUUUGUAUUUUUUGAUGUCACACACACGACACAGGGACUUUGAGUUGUUGUUGUCCCUCGCGCAGGAACGAUCGAGCUGAAUUUUGACGUAUUCUCUUCCGUGGCACUGCACAGUUUGGUGCAGCUUUGCUAAAGUGACAUCUUCCUCUCCCCCUUGUCUGUUUUGUAUUUGAACAAUGGCUAGAGCUGCAAAAUGAUGUCUGCAUUCUUGUGUGCCUAAUGUUAACCUGUGCUGAGACACAACAUGAAAAUGUUUCAAUAGAACUCAGUGUAACAUUUACAAGUAAUCUUUUUUAAAUUAAAUAAAAAUCUGUAAUAAAUAACUGUUA